GCUCGAGCCGGGUUAGGGUGUCCUUGCAGGGUGUCUGAGCUAAACUUCACCAAAUAAUAGCUGUUUGUAUUUUGGCUGCUGCAGGAGCCAUUUUAGAAAUAAAAUAAUUGCCUUCAAUAGAUGAUAAUGAAAAUACAGAAGAAAGAGAAGCAGUUGUCACAUGUAAAAGUUCUGAGUCACUCCCCAAUGUCUGAUGCCUCUGUCACUUUUGACUACAAAUCCCCCUCCCCGUGUGACCACAGCACUGAUCAGGAGGAGAAAAUCGAAGAUGUGGCCAGUCACUGUCUGCCCCAGAAGGACCUGUACGCUGCUGCAGAGGAUACUGAGGCCCUUUUCCCCAGGAAAACGACGUCCCAUAACGGGUUGGAGGACAGUGGAGGAGGUGGCACUGGCGUGAAGAAGAAACGGAAGAAAAAGGAUCCAGGAGAGCAAGAGGGGGCGGCAAAGGGAAGCAAGGACAGGGAGCCCAAGCCAAAGAGGAAGCGAGAACCUAGAGAGCCAAAGGAGCCCAGGAAGGCCAAGGAGCCCAGGAGGCCCAAGGAGCCCAAGGAGCCCAAGCAGAAGGACGGGAUCAAGAAGGCACGGAAGCCCCGGGAGGCCUCGGGCCCCAAGGAGGCCAAAGAGAAGAGGAGCAGCACAGACUCUGCAGUCCGGACGAAGUCCAGGAAGGCCAGCAAGGAGCAAGGACCAACCCCUGUGGAGAAAAAGAAGAAAGGAAAAAGGAAAAGUGAAACCACAGUGGAGAGUUUAGAGCUGGAUCAGGGCCUGCCGAACCCAUCCCUGCGGAGUCCUGAGGAAUCCACUGAGUCUGCAGACAGCCAGGUACAGAAACGACGCUCGGGGCGGCAAGUGAAGCGCAGAAAGUACAACGAGGACCUGGACUUCAAAGUGGUGGAUGAUGACGGGGAGACCAUCGCCGUCCUCGGGGCCGGCCGCGCGUCCGCCCUCUCAGCUUCCACACUGGCUUGGCAGGCGGAGGAGCCUCCAGAAGAUGACGCAAAUAUCAUUGAGAAGAUCUUGGCAUCUAAAACUGUCCAGGAGGUUCACCCAGGAGAACCCCCAUUCGACUUGGAGCUGUUCUACGUCAAGUAUAGAAAUUUUUCCUACUUACACUGUAAAUGGGCCACAAUGGAGGAGCUCGAAAAGGAUCCUCGCAUCGCACAGAAGAUCAAGCGAUUUAGGAAUAAACAAGCCCAGAUGAAGCACAUUUUUACUGAGCCUGACGAAGACUUGUUCAACCCAGACUAUGUGGAGGUCGAUCGCAUCUUGGAGGUGGCCCACACCAAGGAUGCAGAAACAGGAGAGGAAGUGACGCAUUACCUGGUGAAGUGGUGCUCACUGCCUUAUGAAGAAAGCACGUGGGAGCUGGAGGAAGACGUAGAUCCUGCAAAAGUGAAAGAAUUCGAAUCUCUGCAAAUUCUCCCUGAAAUUAAGCAUGUGGAGCGCCCUGCUUCAGACUCCUGGCAGAAACUUGAGAAGUCUCGAGAAUAUAAGAACAGUAACCAGCUCCGGGAGUACCAGCUAGAGGGGAUGAACUGGCUUCUUUUUAACUGGUAUAACAGAAAAAACUGCAUUUUGGCUGAUGAGAUGGGCCUGGGGAAAACCAUCCAGUCCAUCACAUUCCUUUCAGAAAUAUUCCUCAGGGGAAUCCACGGCCCUUUCCUCAUCAUCGCCCCGCUCUCCACCAUCACCAACUGGGAGCGGGAGUUCCGGACAUGGACAGAGAUGAACGCCAUCGUGUACCACGGCAGCCAGAUCAGCAGGCAGAUGAUCCAGCAGUAUGAGAUGGUGUACAGAGACGCACAGGGAAACCCCCUGUCAGGAGUCUUCAAGUUCCAUGUUGUCAUUACAACAUUUGAGAUGAUCCUGGCAGACUGCCCGGAGCUGAAGAAGAUUCACUGGAGCUGUGUGAUCAUUGAUGAAGCCCACAGAUUGAAGAAUAGGAACUGCAAGCUUCUGGAGGGCCUGAAGCUCAUGGCCCUGGAACAUAAGGUGCUGCUCACGGGGACGCCCCUGCAGAACUCGGUGGAGGAGCUCUUCAGUCUGCUCAACUUCCUGGAGCCGUCUCAGUUUCCCUCAGAGACUGCUUUCUUGGAGGAGUUUGGAGAUCUGAAAACAGAGGAGCAGGUGAAGAAACUGCAGUCUAUCCUAAAACCAAUGAUGCUUCGGCGGCUGAAAGAUGACGUGGAAAAGAACCUUGCUCCCAAACAAGAGACGAUCAUCGAAGUAGAGCUGACUAAUAUCCAGAAAAAGUACUACCGCGCCAUCCUGGAGAAGAACUUCUCCUUCCUGACCAAGGGGGCCAAUCAGCACAACAUGCCCAAUCUCAUCAACACCAUGAUGGAGCUGAGGAAGUGCUGUAACCACCCCUACCUGAUCAACGGAGCAGAAGAGAAAAUUCUGGAAGACUUCCGGAAAACCCACAGCCCCGAUGCCCCCGACUUUCAGCUGCAGGCCAUGAUUCAAGCAGCGGGGAAGCUCGUGCUGAUUGAUAAGCUGCUCCCUAAGCUGAUUGCUGGUGGCCACAAAGUUCUCAUCUUCUCCCAGAUGGUGCGCUGUCUCGAUAUCCUGGAAGAUUACCUCAUCCAGAGAAGCUGGUUAUUGCUGGGAGACGAGAAGUUUGUUCAUUUCCCUUCAGGCCUUGUGAGAUACACCUAUGAGCGAAUUGAUGGGCGAGUACGGGGAAACCUGCGCCAGGCAGCCAUCGACCGGUUCUGUAAGCCAGACUCAGACCGCUUUGUCUUUCUUCUGUGCACCCGAGCGGGAGGCCUGGGGAUCAAUCUCACAGCUGCCGAUACCUGCAUCAUAUUUGAUUCAGACUGGAACCCACAAAAUGACUUGCAGGCCCAGGCCCGAUGUCACCGGAUAGGCCAGAGUAAAGCCGUGAAGGUGUACCGCCUCAUCACUCGGAACUCCUACGAGCGGGAGAUGUUUGACAAGGCCAGCCUGAAGCUGGGCCUGGACAAGGCUGUCCUUCAGGACAUCAACCGAAAGGGCAGCACCAACGGAGUACAGCAGCUUUCAAAAAUGGAGGUAGAGGACUUGCUCCGGAAAGGUGCAUAUGGUGCCUUAAUGGACGAGGAAGACGAAGGCUCCAAGUUCUGUGAAGAAGACAUAGACCAGAUUCUGCAGAGGCGAACACACACCAUCACCAUCCAGUCUGAAGGCAAAGGAUCCACUUUCGCCAAGGCUAGCUUUGUGGCUUCAGGAAACAGAACGGAUAUUUCCUUAGAUGACCCAAACUUUUGGCAGAAAUGGGCUAAAAUAGCUGAACUGGACACUGAAGCAAAGAGUGAAAAGGAAAGCUUGGUGAUCGACCGUCCACGCGUGAGGAAGCAGACCAAACACUAUAACUCUUUUGAGGAGGAUGAACUCAUGGAGUUUUCAGAGUUGGACAGUGACUCUGAUGAGAGGCCCACAAGGUCCAGGCGCCUCAAUGACAAAACCAGGCGCUACCUCCGGGCUGAGUGCUUCCGGGUGGAGAAGAACCUGCUCAUCUUUGGCUGGGGCCGGUGGAAGGAUAUCCUGACUCAUGGGCGAUUCAAGUGGCAUCUGAAUGAGAAGGACAUGGAGAUGAUUUGCCGAGCCCUGCUGGUGUACUGUGUCAAGCACUACAAGGGGGAUGAGAAGAUCAAGAGUUUCAUUUGGGAAUUGAUCACACCUACUAAAGACGGGCAGGCCCAGACGCUGCAGAACCACUCAGGGUUGUCCGCCCCAGUCCCCCGAGGGAGGAAGGGGAAGAAAACCAAGAACCAGCUGCUGCUCCCAGAGUUGAAGAACGCAGACUGGCUGGCCACCUGUAACCCCGAGGUGGUCCUGCAUGACGAUGGCUAUAAGAAGCACCUCAAACAGCACUGCAACAAGGUACUUUUGCGAGUCCGGAUGCUUUACUACCUAAAAGCUGAAAUACUGGGGGAAGCAGCUGAUAAAGCAUUUGAAGGAACUCCCGCCAGGGAGCUGGAAGUGCCUCUGCCCGACAUUGACUAUGUGGAGAUCCCAGCAGAUUGGUGGGAUGCGGAGGCCGAUAAGUCACUUCUGAUUGGCGUGUUCAAACACGGUUACGAGAGGUACAACGCCAUGCGAGCGGACCCGGCUCUUUGCUUCCUGGAGAAGGUUGGGAUGCCGGAUGAGAAGUCCCUUUCUGCAGAGCAGGGUGUCACGGAUGGGACCUCGGACAUUCCCGAAAGAGGCAACAUGGAUAAAGAAGACAAUACAGAAGACAAGGUGGAUGGCCUCCAGAAACAAAUGGAGAGUUCCAGUGAUGGAGUUGAUGGCCUUUUUGGUGAAAAGAAGGAUGACAGCCGGGCAGCCCAGGAUGGCUCCGACCCAGACAAAUCGCCCUGGCCAGUUCCAUCUGCCCUCACAGCCCGUCUCCGACGCCUAGUCACUGUCUACCAGCGCUGUAACCGCAAGGAGCUCUGCCGACCUGAAAUCCUGGGCCCAGGAAACCAAGGAUACUGGGUCCAGGAAGAGAUGUUCCGGAGAACCUCAGAGAUGGAUCUCAUCAACAAGGAAGCUCAGAAGAGGUGGACCAGGAGAGAGCAAGCGGACUUCUGCAGAGCAGUAUCCUCCUUCGGUGUCGUUUAUGAUCAAGAGAAGAAAACCUUCGACUGGACUCAGUUUCGCAUCAUCUCCCGUUUGGACAAGAAGUCGGACGAGAGCCUGGAGCACUAUUUCCACAGCUUUGUGGCCAUGUGCCGCACCGUCUGCCGUCUGCCAGCGUGGAAGGAUGGUGGCCCUCCCGAUCCCAGCAUCUACGUUGAACCCAUCACUGAAGAACGGGCCGCGAGAACCCUGUACCGCAUUGAACUGUUACGGAAGAUUCGGGAGCAGGUGCUGAAGUGCCCUCAGCUGCACGAGCGCCUGCAGCUCUGCAGGCCCAGCCUCUACCUCCCCGUCUGGUGGGAGUGCGGGAAGCACGAUCGGGACCUGCUGAUCGGCACUGCCAAGCACGGGCUGAGCCGCACGGACUAUUACAUCAUGACUGACCCCCAGCUGUCCUUCCUGGACGCCUACAGAAACUAUGCCCAGCACAAAAGAACCGACGCCCAGGCGCCAGAAAGUCUCUGUUGCCUUUACCAGACCAACUCCAAACUAUAUGAAUCUCUUACGUAUACUCAAAUGAGCAGGACUUCUGAGUCCCUUGAAAAUGAACCUGAGAAUCUAGUGAAACUCGAAGGUAGGGAUGAUCAUCUUGGUCUGCCCAGGAACAGCUUAUCUGACAUGACUUGUGAAAACUUUAUUUCUAAAGUUCAGGAUGUCAUUUCCAUCACCCAUGAGGAAAGUCUGCUGCCUGAGUCCUUGGAGAGCAUGAUGUAUGGCAGGAAGGCUCUGGGCCAGGGGCCAGGCCCUUUUCAGGAGAGCCCAGGUACCAGUGCGGAGUCCAGACAAGAAGCUUUGGCCAUCUCGGCAAGCAAAGAUGGGAACUGCCAGCCCGGUGGCCAUGAGGCAGAUAUAGCCUCAGGCCCCUCUUUUAUGGAUACUUUAGAAGCAGGAGUUGCUCAGAUGAACAUUAAAAAUGGAAAACAUUUGUUGAUGUCUCUCUCAAAGGAAGGGGAACUCUGCUGCAGCGAGGCAGGGCAGAGACCUGAAAGCAUUGGGCAGCUGGAGCCCAAAUGCUUAGCCUCCCCUUCCUUGGAUCAAGGAAGUGAGAGCGGGUUUGUAGACAUGUGCAAUCUGAGUGUCUGUGACUCCAAAAGAAACCUGUCAUCAGAUCAGCAGUUAAUUGAUUUAUUAGAAAACAAAAGUUUAGAAAGUAAAUUGAUUUUGAGUCAGAACCACAGUGAUGAGGAGGAGGAAGAGGAGGAAAACGAGGAGGAAAACCUAGACCUGGUCACCAGCAUGCGGGAGAGGCCGGAGGUGUCACCUCUCACCGAGCCCGCUGCUCACAGGGCAGGAGAGAAGAGCCGCGGCUUCCUUGCAGACGAAGCCAAGAAAGCAAGCCUGGAGGCCAGGAGCCAGCACCCUGGGCCGCAGGGCACUUUUCUCCCUGCAGCCUGUCAGUGUCACUGCAAACACACGGAGAGGUGGAUGCAUGGCCUGGAGAGCGACGAGUUUGAAGUAGAGAAACCCCCGGGUUAUAACCCAGACCCGUACAGAAGCAAAGCCAGCAGUGUCACAACGGAGGGUGAGCCCCCUGCCGUCCCCUCAGAGCUGUUUCAGGUGAAGCAUGAACUUCUAAAAGAACCCUGGAAGGAAAGUGCAGAAGGAAAGCAAGGGUUUCCUGCGUAUCCCGAAGGGAAUGAGCUCAAGUUGGAAGAUAUGGAUUUUGAGAGUAAAGAUGAUUAUGAUAGAGACGGAAACUGCCAGAGUCAAGAUUAUCCAGGGAAAUACUCUGAGGAAGAGAGCAAGAGCUCAGCCUCGGGCAUCGCGGGAGACCUCGGGGAGGACCUCCAGGAGGUGCGGGCUCCCACCAUCGCUCAGCUGCUCCAGGAGAAAACCCUCUACUCCUUCUCCGAGUGGCCAAAGGAUCGUGUGAUCAUCAACCGCCUCGAUAAUAUCUGCCACCUGGUGUUAAAGGGAAAGUGGCCCUCCACCCAGCAGUACGAGCCCUCGGCCAUGCUGCCCACCCCUGUGUUAACCAGCAGUGCUGGUUCCCGGAGCAGCCUCUCGGAGCCAGAGGCCACAGAACACAGCUUCAGCAAUGGCGCAGCGUUGGUGGCCCAGAUGCAAAAGGAGAGCUUCUUGGCUCCGGUUUUCGCAAAGGAUGAACAGAAGCACCGGCGUCCUUAUGAGUUUGAGGUGGAGAGGGAGGCAAAGACUCGGAGCCUGGAGCAGUUCUCUGCCCCCCAUGGGCACCCCCCCAUUGUCCUCAACGGCUGGCAUGGAGAGUCAGCCAUCGACCUGUCCUGCACGUCGGAGGGGUCCCCAGGAGCCACACCCCCUUUCCCAGUGAGCGCCAGCACCCCUAAGAUGGGGGCUAUCGGCUCGCUUCAAGGAGCCCUUGGCAUGGACUUGUCUGGGAUUCUGCAGGCUGGCCUCAUCCAUCCAGUGACCGGACAGAUCGUCAACGGAAGCCUCAGGAGAGACGAUGCUGCCACGAGGAGGCGGAGAGGGCGACGGAAACCUGUUGACGGAGGGGUGGACCUCAUCUUCCUGAAGGAGCAGACACUUCAGGCGGGAAUCUUGGAGGUCCACGAAGACCCAGGGCAGACUCCCCUGAGCACCUCACACCCCCCUGAAGGGCCAGUGCCUGCCACGUCGACCCCGGAGCCAGCCCCGGCAGCCGGCAGCCAGGCCGAGAAGGCCAUGCCCGGCAGGAGCCUGCUGGACUGGCUGCGGCAGCAGGCCGACUACUCCUUGGAAGUUCCUGGCUUCGGCGCAAAUUUUUCAGACAAACCAAAGCAGAGGAGGCCACGCUGUAAGGAACCUGGAAAGUUAGACGUCAGCUGCCUGAGCGGGGAAGAAAGGGUUCCUGCUGUCCCCAAGGAGCCAGGCCUGAGGGGGUUUCUCCCAGAAAACAAGUUCAAUCACACCCUGCCUGAGCCUGUUCUCCGAGACGCGGGCCCCCGCCGCAGGGGCAGGCGGCCCCGGAGCGAGCUCCUAAAGGCUCCCGCCCUCGUGGCGGACUCCCCCUCUGGAAUGGGGCCUCUGUUCAUGAACGGACUGAUCGCCGGGAUGGACCUGGUCGGACUUCAGAACAUGAGAAACAUGCCAGGCAUCCCCCUCACGGGGCUGGUGGGGUUCCCGGCUGGCUUUGCCGCCAUGCCCACGGGCGAGGAGGUCAAGGGCACGUUGAGCAUGCUGCCCAUGGUGCUGCCGGGAAUGGCCACCGUGCCCCAGAUGUUUGGGGUCGGGGGGCUCCUCAAUGCCCCCAUGGCCACCACCUGCACUUCGACUGCACCCGCACCUCUGUCAAGCACAACAAAGAGUGGCACGUCGGUGGCCGAAAAGACUGCAGAAGACAAGCCCAGCGGCCACGAUGUAAAAACGGACACGUUAGCUGACGACAAGCCUGGUCCUAGUCCGUUUUCCGACCAGUCCGAACCUGCAAUAACUGCGAGCAGUCCUGUGGCUUUUAACCCGUUUCUCAUCCCAGGAAUGUCCCCCGGACUCAUUUACCCAUCUAUGUUUCUCUCCCCUGGCAUGGGCAUGGCUCUGCCAGCCAUGCAGCAGGCCAGACACUCUGAGGUGGUGGGUCUGGAGAGCCAGAAGAGGAAGAGGAAGAGAACAAAGGGGGACAAUGCGAGCCCCAACCCGGAGCCUGCCCCCGGGGCCGAGAGGGAGCCGGGCAGUGACCAGAGCUGCCCCGAACCCAGGGCCUCUGUGCCCCCAGAUAGAGACCACGUGGCACAGGCCAGGGAAGGGGGCCCCCAAGACUCAAAUGGCGACACCAAUUAGAACUUUUUCAUUGAAGAAAUUAUUGUGACUUGUAAGUUUCUUAUCCCAUAAAGGUUUGUUACUUCCCUCACUUCACUGUCAUAAGAACCUGUGUUUCCAUGAGUAAUAUUACCUGCCUGAUUUCCUGUCUGAGAACUGUGGUAACAGAUGUUCAUAGCCACGUCAUCAGCUAAGUGUCGUUGACCUAGUGUAGGAGGCACAGAGUCCUCACUCUGUUAUCCAGUCCUUCAUUCCAGCAGCCGUAGUUAGUACAGGCGUGGGGACACGCCCUACCCCUUCUCUUCCAAGUUUCCCACUUAUUUGAGGAGGAAAAAUGGCAAAAGAAAGCCGUCUAGGGAUUUCGUCUAGGGCCGAAGAAGAGAGAGCAGCUCUUUUUUCCAAGAGCUGUGUUGAAUGGGAAGAAUGUAAUGGGGGAACCAAAAAGCACAGAAAAAGGAAGUACUGGUGCAUAUUUUUCAGUUGAAAUAUUUCCCUGUUUUAUCAUGAUUACUAAGUGAGUAGGAUAGGCAGAAGUAUAUAACUAAUGGUUGAAACUGCAUAUAUUCAUUUCUUUCUAAAACAAACCUUACUGGUAGUAACACGACUUCCCCCUUUGUGGGUUUUCAGACACCUGCAGCCAGAAGAAAUACGGACAAGGCAUUUCACACACACGCAUCCUCCCCUCCUGAGGUAAAAGGGGAUUCUCAGUACACGCCUUGAGUUGUUGUGGUGAUUGAUGGGCGAGCGAGGGGCUCGACCCCGAAGAGCUGCCCACAGGGAAGCACGAAACUAGCACCCUGCCCCCACCUCAUCCUCCUCAGAGCUGCCCUGGCCACUCAAGGGGCCUCGUGGGUUUCUUUGCAUUUCCUUCACCCAGACGCAGUGCAAGAAAAUAGUCACUCAACACUACACUCGCCAGGGCCUCCUGUCAGGGCUGUUUGAGGCAGUCAGGCCAUGUGUGUGCCCCCUUUUAGAAUGCGACUGUGAAGUUUUUUUCUCCUCUCUGGAUUUUUGUCUAUUCGGUUUAUAUGUUACAGUUGGACCCAGAUCCCAGAUUAUCAAGUUCGCGGAGGAGACUACGUUGCAGAUAAACAUUAUUCCCUCUUCCUCCGCCCCCCAGGCUGGGAGAACCCUGCAGGCCGAGCCGCACUCACCCGCUUCCCUGCAUCCUCCCACUCUUGGGCCCUCCCCUCUGAGGGUCUCACUCUUCAUCCACGGUUCACACUCUGAAACUUGAAAUAAGCUCGUGGUUCAGAACUCGGGGGCAAGGGCGCGGGGCUGUGCAGGAAAUGUUGGAAGUGUUACUAGUACCAGUUUCACGUUUUGUUGUCACAAUUUACUGUAUUUUUUUAUUUUUUCUGUUACAGUUUUGCUAUAAUUUAUCAGAAGGUCCAAAAGUUUGACAUAACUAUUUCAGUUUGCAUUAUUUAUUUAUGAUGCUUUUGUCAAUGUCUUUUAUACAUUUGGAAUUAUAAAUUAUGUAAAUGUUAAAAUGAGCAUCUCAAAGAAGUCUGUUAAAUCUAGGCCGGGAAAAAAGAAAAAAAAAAUCAAUCAGCUGUAUUUUCAAAAAGUGGCGUCCCAGUUUUAUGAAUCAGAGUUAUAAAUCAGAAAUUCUAUAAACUGAUCAUAUAAGAAAAAAGAAUCCAAUAAUCGAACAUAUCCUAAUAUUUAAUGACAUCUUGUAGCAUAGGUGGUCUCUAAUGCUGACAACAGAUUUCUUAGAAAUGCUGCUCUCUCUAUUUAACUAACAUUUUGUUCAGUUUUGCCUCCAGUGGAAGCAGAAAGGGUUUUUUCAGCUGUUAAAUCCUAAAAAUCAAUAUAAUUUAUUUAUGUAAAAAAAAAAUCACUCAAUUGAUAUAUUUUUGAACCUUUUAAGUACUAAUUUUCUUUUUAUCAAGUAGAAAAAAAAAUGUAUUUGCCCUAAAUCCUUAAAAUACAAAUGCUAUAAAAAUUCAUGUAUCUUGAAAGCCUUACUGCAAAUGAGUAUUAUAGACAUCCAGCAGA